GAGUGCGUGUCAGUGCUUGUUAGCUUUAGCACAGAGGCUAUUGUGUGGGUAACGUUAACUAAAGACGCUGAAUAGUUUUUCUUUUUUUUUCAAUUUCUCAAAAGUCGUUUAAUGACAUAUUAAGCCGCUGCCAUGUAAUAAAAGCCUUAAAGAUGUCUGGUUCCUAUCACCACGACUGUGAAAAACUCUGACUCAAAACCACACCCAACCCAUGUCCUGCAGGAAAGGGAACUCUCUCUGAUGGGAUCAGCUGAGGGGACAGGGACUUCGACAUAGGGACUCCAUUUUACAGUAUUCUUUCAAAAUGCCCAAUGAAAUGGCGAGGUCAAAGAAGGCGAGGCGUCCUAGGAGAGGCCCGAGGGAACCAAGGGAAGAUCCUGCUAGAAAUGAGCUCAUUUCAAGGUCACUUGAAAGUGCCCAGCAAUGCCUGCUCCAACAAGACUAUGGCACUGCUUUUGUCCACUACCUUCUUGUCCUGAACCUGGCCCCGGUCUUAAAGGACUUUGCCAGAGAAUCCUUCAGAUUCACUCUCUUCAAGUGGGCUGACGAGCUGGACUGUCUUGGACGCAUUCAGGACCUCUUCGACUGCUAUGAACAAGCUCUGGAGUUGUUUCCUGCUGAUGAGGUGAUUGUUAACAGCAUGGGAGAGCAUCUCUUCAGAAUGGGUUUCAGGGACGAGGCUGCAGCACACUUCCACAAAGCCCUCAAACUGCGGCCAGAUUUCCCUGAGGCAAAGGAGAACUUCUAUCGUGUGGCUAACUGGUUGGUGGAGCGCUGGCAUUUCUUAAUGCUCAAUGACCAUGGGCGAAACCGCAAGUACCAGCUUGCCAUUCAGCGGGCGGUGCAGGAGGGCUGUAGCACAGUUCUGGACAUAGGAACAGGCACAGGCAUCCUUGGGAUGUGUGCAAAGAAAGCAGGAGCUAGGGAAGUCUACGCUUGUGAGCUGUCUAAGACUAUGUAUGAACUGGCAUGUGAGGUGGUUUCAGCCAACGGCAUGGCAGAUAGCAUCAAGAUUCUACACAUGAAAUCACUGGAGAUGGAAAUUCCAAAAGAUAUUCCAACCAGGGUGUCUCUGGUUGUGACAGAAACUGUGGAUGCUGGACUGCUCGGGGAGGGGAUCAUCGAGAGUUUGAUUCAUGCCUGGAAGCACCUGCUCCUACCGCCACCCAAUCCCGAAGAGCCUCAGUCUGCUCCAUCCCAAACGGGCCGAGUCAUUCCUGGUGGAGCAACUGUAUUUGGAAUGGCUGUUGAGUGCCAAGAGAUCCGCAGACACCACAGGCUGUGUGUGUCUGCAGUUGGAGGAUUGGAUCUGGAAGCAGUACGAGAGAUCCGCAGUCCUGUAAGCUGUUCGGUUGAUGCAGAUGAAUCUGCAGAGCCCUACACUACUGAGAGACUGAGCCGCCUGCCUGGAGGCUUCACCGCCCUCACAGAGCCCUGCAGAAUGCUCGAUAUAAAUUUCAAUAACGUGCAGGAGCUGGAGAGCCUGUGCUCCAGGAAGGUGAUGCGUCUGCGGGUGCCGGUGACCCAGGAGGGUGCUGUGGAUGCUCUGGCUGUGUGGUUCCAGCUGCACCUGGACCAAGAGAACAGCAUCUCCACCGGGCCUCAGGAGAACACCUGCUGGGAGCAGGCCAUCUACCCAGUGCAAAGCCUAGCCCAUUGCAGUGUGAAGCGUAAUGACGAGCUGUUGGUGGAAGUCUCCUGCAGGGACGCUUACCUGAGACUGUGCUGCGUUGCCAUAGUGAGAGAUGGCCAAAUGUUUCAUCUUGACAGCAUGGAAGAAGAUGACUAUUCCGCUGUAGCGCCACUGAAUCCUGAGGUGGAUUUGUGUAGUGCGCUGGCGAGCCUCCAGACCCGCCACGAUACAGUAUCUAACAUGUUUACGCUGGAGUGCUCAGAAAUCGCCCUGCUCAACAACGUCAGUUACCACAAUAGCUUUCGAAUGGCAGUGGAAAAACUUUUGACCUCUCUCAGGUCAUCUCGGGAGAUGCAGGCGUCAGAGAUCUCGUCUUCAGAGCCCUUCUACAUGUUGGACGUCUCUGAAGGAUUCUCCGUGCUCUCUCUGCUGGCAGCUAGACUGGGGCAGGAUUCAGGAUCGAGUCUGGUGCAGGCGUACAGCUCAGUGGAGAAAGAUCAGCAUCAGGCUCUGCUGCGGCUCCUGGCUCAAAGUAACGGAGUGGAGGAAAAUGCACUUGAGUUUUGGCUCAGCCACGUGGAAGACGACUCUGCUGUGCUGCAGAGGCCAGCCUCAGAAAAGCUGUGGAGCGCUAUUGUGCUGGACUGCAUUGAAACCUGCGGCUUGAUCAGACAGAGGCUGAUGGAGAAAGCUACACUUGCUAGGUGUCUCUUGGAGGAUGGUGGGCGUAUUUUCCCAGAGCGCAUUGUCAUUCACGGCUUGCUGGUGGAGUCAGACACGCUGCUUCAGGAGAGCGCGGUGCAGGGCACAGAUCCCACGCUGGGAUUCAACAUUGCUCCCUUCAUCAACCAGUUCACUGUGCCUGUUCAUGUAUUUUUGGACCUGUCCACACUGGAGUGCACACACCUCAGUGAUCCAGUAGAGCUUUUCACCCUCGAUCUCAUGAACAGCAACGCCAACUAUACCAGUCGAGGCAUCAGAGUGCGUGUUACUGCCCCUGGCAAAGUGACCGCCAUCCCAUUCUGGUACCAGAUCUAUCUGGACGUGGAUUUGACAGUCACCACAUUCAGCCAGGACUCACAUUGGAAGCAGGCGGCUGUGGUCCUGCAGCGCCCCCUGCUGGUAAAUACAGGUGACUGGGUCCAGCUUACCAUCCAGCUACACAAGAGCAGCAUCUCUAUAACAGCUGUCAGAGAGGAGGCAGUCAUAGCAGAUGAUGCCACUGCUAAGGAAGAGCCUGUUGCUAUGGACCAUCCACGAGGUGGCUUUUGUUGACAUGGAGGGGCACAGCAGGACCUGUUAUUAGUGCCAUAAGAACCAGGGUGUGCUCUAGGGUGGAGUCCAGCACAGUUUGGUGCUUUCUCCGCUCUAACACACUCACUAAUUCUGGUAACUAACAUUUGAUGUGAGCAGUAAAAUCGUAGUAAAAAAAGACUGCACUGAGGUGUAGUUCUGCUUGACCAUAGUUGGGUAACCCUGACCUAAAGGAAGGUCGGGCAUGUUGCCAUGGACUCUAUACAGUUAAAAUUGAUAUUA